GAAUAACGCAUGUUAGCCUUUGUUGGACAAGAAAGCGCGCAUUAUUGUUGAAUAGUCUAUACACCCACACUGAUUUUUAGGCUAUAUGUUUGAGGACGAUAUUCAGUGAAAAUGAAGCUUGUAUUCUUUGUAGUUGCGAUGUUCUACAGCGCUGGAGCCACGACAACAGUGACAACAUGUUCCAAGGAGGACCUUAAAUAUGAAUAUACGACAUGUGAUCAUAAAGGAGGGAGAUGGAAGGUACAAGUCCCCAUUGAACCAGAGAAGUGUACGAUUACCAACCCUAAACCUCCAACACGGGGAAAGAGUUGUGAUUUUACCUGUAAGCCGGGACAGUAUCUGGACAUGGAGACAGAGGAGUGUAAACCCUGUGUGGCUGGGACGUAUUCCCUCGGGGGUGGUGAACGGUUCGAGGAGUGGGAUCAGCUACCCCCAGGAUUUAAAGUCUCUGUUGAGAGCCUGGGGUCCUUUUUUCAGGAUGAAGAGGAGACUGUGAACUGUAGCUCAUCAUUAUGGACGCCCCGCGGGAACUACAUCAGCUCCCUGGCCCAGGCCUGUUCCUCCUCCCUGACCUACUCUGUCACCCUGGUCAAGGCCGGGACUAUAGAGUUCGAGUACCAGUACCCCAGCUCUGAUACCAUGUUCCACUUUAUUGUCCAGAACAGCAGGUGUCAGACCUACAACGGCCACUCAGGGUCCGAGUUUCUGGAGGAGACAGAAGAGGGGAAGUGGGCCAAGAAAAAGGUGCAUCUGACGUCAGGUUCCAAUGUCCUCGUGUGGAAGACACUGUCUCUGUUGUCUGAGUCCUCAACCAAGACCAGCAGGAAUAAACCAAUCCUGAUCCGAAAAGUGGAAAUCAAUGGAGUUGCUUUCACAUCCAAAUGCUCUAAAUGUAAGAAUGGAACCUACAGCAGUGAGGGAGCGGCCUACUGCUCUGUCUGUAGCAGGAAUACCUACUCCUUAAAGGGGCAGGCAACCUGUACAGGGUGUGACCAAAAGUCUGAAUACUCAGAACGAGGAGCCAGUUCCUGUUUAAAGAGGCCUGCAUGUACAAACAAAGACUACUAUGAAGUACAGGCUCCAUGUGACCAAAAUAAAAAGACAAGGAAGCUGUAUAAGUGGAUAGAGCCCCAGAUUUGUCGGACGGACCUGAGUGGUGCUGUUAACCUCCCCGACCCUAGCGCUCCCGAGGACUGCCCACCCUGUAACCCAGGCAUGCAUUUCGUGGAGGGUAAAGGCUGCCAGUUCUGUCCUGAUCACAUGUACUCUGAUGGAGCGAAGAGCUGCCAGGACUGCCCCGCCUCUACCUCCCCUAACAUCGCACUCGAGUACAAAUGGUGGAACCAAAUGCCAGAGAACAUGACCUCAAAUUGUAUCACAUUUUCUGACUUCCAGUUUCAGCUUUCCUGUGGUGGCAACUGUGAAUUGAUCUUUCUCUCUGAUGAGUUUGGAACUAAUGGUAUUGUAAAGUCCUGGACAGGGGAACAGAAAAAACAACAGUACAGACAUGAAAUAAAAGACACCCAGCCCCUGACCUUGACCUGGGCCUUCCAGAGCUCAGAGGUGUGGGAUGGUAAGGAGGAUGUGGCUCGUAUCUACAGUGUCAAGGUCACCAACACCCUGACAGGGGGCGCUAAGGACUGCCAGAAGUGUAUGAGAGGCGUCAAAGAUAACCAAUGUAUAUCCUGCCCUGCGGGACAUUAUGUGGACCUUAAUAACACCCAGUGUCUGCCGUGUCCCGCUAAUGCUGUGAUCCGGACCAGGUUAGCCUGGGGAGAGGAUUCCUGUGUUAAGUGUGGUCCAGGCCUGAGGGCAAAGGACGGAACCUCCUGUAUAUCUGACUGUGUGUACACUGACGAGGCCAACAGGAAAUAUGACUUCACAGCACUCAAUAGACCUCAGUUUGUGAGAGGAGCCCAACUUUUCACAGGCAGUGGAACAGGUUACUUUCAUGGAUUUAACAUCUCACUUUGUGCUGCAGAAAAUACAAAGGCUUUCUGUCAAAAUAAUAUGACAUCGGUAAUUGAGAAGAGUGAUAAGCCUGUACAUUCUAUGGUAUGUAGAUCAGCCAUGGUGCCGACCAAAGAUAACAAGAUAGUUUCUACACAGCCCGUCAGUAUUGCGGAUUACCUGACUAAGAUCUUGUCCAAUCAGAGCCAUGAAUCUGACCUACAUCAUCUAUACACACAGGGAGGACUCCCUACUGAAGGAAUGGAAAGAGAUGUCCAUUUCUUUUACAAGACAGAUGAGAAGACCCAGGCGUGUCCCAAAGGAAGGGAGACAAUUGUAUCCCUGAAGUGUGAUCAGCAGAAGAAAGGACAGGGAGAGAUCGAGAUCCCCAGUAAAUGUCCCGACGGGACGUGUGACGGCUGUCAGUUCCACUUCCUGUGGAGGACAGAUCAGGCCUGUCCCCCGUGUGUGGAGGAGGACAUACAGGUCAUAGUGGGGGAGUGUCUGGAUGAAGUGCAGACUGUCCAUUAUAGUGCCCCAAAAUACUGCAGACCAGACAGAAAUAUGAAAAGCAAGGAACAGAGGAAAUGCAGACUGAAGUUAGCUGCUCUUCCAUUUGUUCUAAAAGUGGGCAUUCCCUCUGCAGUAGGAGUUGGAAUUCUGCUGUUCUUAUGUGUGAUUUACUGCUGGUGUAGGAACAGAAAACUAGAGUACAAGUAUAUGAAGUUGGUGGAGGGUUCUGGCCCUAACUACGACGGGGAGUUGCCAGGUGUCGAUUCUUGUGCAUUGGAGGAUGGAGAGGACGAACAUUUUGAUACAGUGUCCUUCUCAGAGACCAAGAAAAAAGGCCUGUUUAGUAAACUCAGGGGGAAAAAAUAUAAGUCACAUGAUGACAACCCAUUUGAGACUUCUCACACAGAGAAACUUCCUCUCACAUAAUACAACACUGUGUGGCUCGUGUGACAGGACAGGGGAAACGCAACAAAUCCUCCCUCAGUUUACACUGGACGAUAGAAUCUCUCUCUGGCCUGCCAUCUAUCUGUCUUUGUUUUCGUUGAUUUGCUCUCUACUCCUUUUCAAAGCAUAUAACCACUGACUAUUUUCUUUUUAUAGAACAUGUGGGAUUUACAAAUAAUACCAUUAAAAGCUGUGUAUCCAAAAAUGAUUUUACAGGGUUUCUGUAGGAAAGUAUGUCCAUAUGCUACACAAAUAUAUAUAUUUUUAAAAUGUAUUAUGAAGUUAUUCAUCAUAAUUGAUUUAUUAUACUUUGUAUCUGUACACAUUCCUGUCAAGAUACAUAUUUUUUUAGCCUUGCACAUUCCAAACCAAAAUUUUACAUUCCUCUUUUUUUUUUUUUUGUUUUUUGAUGUUUGAUAUCUUGCCUGACAUUGUUAUGAACCCAUUUUCUGGAUCUGUUUGUAUUAGAUAUAUUUCAAAACAAAUGUGAUUUUUAUGGAGAUGUUUUGUAUGCAGUGUGAUGUAAACAAUCUCUUUGGUUUUGAACCGUGUACAUGACAUUGUGUGAUUUGCAUUUGAAAAAAAUUGAACGCUUUUGUUUGAAGAAGUCAAAAUAUAUAUAAAGUGCACCCUAAAUGUUAUUGGUGACAUUUCUAAUUCUAGACAACCCCUUUGGGGCAUGAGGACAUUUUUAAAAAUGAUUAUUAUUUAUGGUGCUUUGUAGAAUUGAAACAGGGGUCUUGUCAUUUGUUUACUUGUUAUGAAUGUUGAUUUUUACACCUGUGAAAGUAGUAAAUAAAAUGUGUGAAAGGAGAAAGUUUUGGAAAUGGUAUAUAACUUAGUUAAGAGGUAAAUAAACAGUAGAAAAGUGUCAUUUGAAGUAAAAUUACGCAACUGAGUUACUGUACAUAUACACAGAAACUGACAAGAUUUUAAAAUUUUCUCUCGUUGACUGUUGUACUCAGAAUAUUUUAUUCUAUCAUCAUUUUCUCUUAGAGAAAUAUCAGGAAGCAUAUGAUCUGUAAAUUUACACACCUUUUUUAUGUCUUUUUUUGCAAGUGAUACACUCCCAUGUGGCAUUAUGUUGACUUAGAUUUCAUAGUUCACAUUUUGAAGUUACAAUAUAUUCUGUGUUUUAUUUGUCCCAGUAAAAUAAUAAUGAAAUCCACUCUGUAAGGGUCUCUGUAUAAUAAAUGUACAUGAAUAUAUACUUUUGUUAGUUUUUCAAAUAUUUUCAUAUUUUUCUUAUUUAUUUAUUUAUAUAGAUACAGUUUAACUUCGUUAUCUCGAACCUGAUGAGGCGGAGAAAAAACUUCGAGAUAUCCGAGAAUUCGAGAUAUCGAGGGUCAAAUACUUAAAGAAUAUGUGGUUGGGACUUUAACAUCACUUCGAGAUAUCCAUGGUAUUCGAGGUAUCGGAGUUCGAGAUACCGAAGUUCAGUUGUAGUUCUGUUUUGUUUUUUUGCUUUUAUUUGGGAUGAUAUACAUAACAUGUAGUUUGCAUUAAUAUUUUCUUUUUUUGCAUUUAUAAAAUGGUUAUGGGCAGUUACGUGAUUUGUAAUUAUAGACAUAGUAUCAUACAAAAUGAGUUCAUUUUUAGUGUAAUAUCUAGUAUGUGAAUUGAUAUACUGUAUACAGGGAAAUUUUCGCCCCCGUUUUAUUUUCGCUCCUUUCGCCCUCUUCUUGAUCGGGCGAAUUUAAAACGGGGCGAUUUCAAAUUACACAGCAUAAUUUCUUAAACAAAACUAUGAUUAAAUAUGUGUUUGGAGUAACAUUAUUUAAAGUUGAAUGCAUAUUAUAACCAAAUUCAGAGAAAAAAAACUAAGAAUUGGUAGAUAUUAUCAUUUUAUUGAACAAUUGGCUUUAAAAAGGUGUUUAACCUGCUUCCAAAAAAAAAAAAAAAGCCUGCCUGUCACAUUGAAUUUUGAUUUUUUUGGCCUGAGAAACUAUUGAUUAAUUUUUUUUGCCUUAUUGUGCAUUUUUUUAAGAAUCUCACUUCAAAUUUAUUUAUAUUCUGCAUUGUAAAUAUUUUUAUGAAUAAGACAAUAUUUACUGAGCAGCAGAAGAUUCGAAAGCAGAUACAAGCUGUUCUAUUUAUGUCCUUUCCUUUAGAAUUAAGGACUUUGUAAAAAAAAAAAAAAGCAAAAAGUCCUUUCCUUCUUUAAAGUACUACAUAAAAAAGUGAGAAAAACAUUCUUUAAAUUUUAAGUCUUGAAAAUCAGAGUUGUUUUCAAGCAUAAUGGCUUGCUUUUGUUUAGUUCAGUAUGUGCAAUAUGAGUUGAUACUAUUGUUUGUGAUAUUACUUGACGUGUUGUUUUU